AUGAAUACGCUCGGCACCCGCCGUAUCCGUACCACAGCCUAUCAUCGCUCAUCUAAUGGAGUGGAGCGCUUACAUCGUCAAACCAAGGUUGCGUUGCGGGCCACCCCAGAGACCCCUUGGCCUGAGGCAAUACCUGUCAUCCUCCUUGGCAUCCGCACCGCCUUCAAGCCGGACUUCGGGGGAACCUCAGCCGACAUGGUGUACGGUUCAGCCCUCCGCCUUCUCGGUGACCUUGUCGCGCCAGCCCCGAACAUUACCCUUUCUCGGGCGGACUUUGUAUCCUGCCUCCAGGGUGCCAUGGCUUCUCUGCGUCCCGCGUCUACUCGCCAGCUUGCACGGAGACCCGCCUAUCAACACCCCGAACUGUCCCGGUGCACGCAUGUUUUCGUCCGCUGUAACAGCGUCCGGAAGUCUCUGCAGCCACCCUACACCGGCCCUCACCCCGUACUGCACCGGUCGUCCUCAUUCUUCACUGUACUCAUCAACGGACGGCAGGACAACGUCAACAUCGAGCGUCUAAAACCAGCAUGGCUCGACAGCACCCCACCUGCCAGUACCAUCCCAGCUGUCUCAUUCAUCGACGGCUCCCUUCCUUCUCUCCCUGCCCCGGCCGUUACCUGUAAUCCCAACCUUCGAGUCUCCUGGGCGACGCACCUCGUCACCAACCGACGCAAUCCUGCAUCGCCUUAG